CCAUAUUCAUUGGCCUUAUUCCAAUAAAUCUAGAAGUUUUUGACCUAAGUACAAGCAAAAAAGUCUCCUAGACCUGACUGCGCUACUGGAAUAUUCAUCUUUCCCCAAGCCAUCCGAAACCCUUUCCCGUCCUUCGAAUCCGAUGGCACCAACUAUCUUCCUCACGGGAGCAAGUGGCUGCACCGGCGGCACCUUCUUGACCGUCUUCCACCAGCGAUUCCCAGAGAUCAGAGUCCGCGCCCUCGUGCGCACCCCCGAGCAAAUAGAGAUCCUCCGUGCCUUCUACGGCCCAACCGUUGAGCCACUCCUCGGAUCCUUGGACAACAAGAAACUCCUUGCCGCCGAAGCCUCUAAAGCCACGAUUGUCUUCCAAGCCGGCGCCAAUCACGAAGAUGCCAUUGUGGCCCUAGUCGAAGGAAUAGCCACUAGUCCCGAGAACAAGUCUCUGUCACCAGUCUUUAUACACCUUUCCGGCACCAGCAGUCUCACCGAUCCAGCUCUUCCGUAUGGCGAACUCAACCCCAAGGUUUAUUCUGAUGUCGAUGACAUGGAAGAGGUCCUUCUCCGCUGA